AUUUGCUGCGCAGCAGCCGGCUUUCUGCGAAUGAGCCAUGAAAGGCAAAGCAGCACCGUUUCACCAACGCCCUUCUGCGCAGCCAUUCAUUCCAUCUAGGCGCAAGCCUUCACCACAAGGUGUGGCGGCAAGUCUUGGCGCAAGACCUACAGCUGUCAGCUUGCCGCUGGCAUGUGCGCCGCUGAAGGUAGAGGACGUCACAGCUGCCACGGUAUUUGCAAAGGCAGGGGUGAUGCCGUGUGAAGAUUGGCCUGCAAAGGGAGCCGAGGCAGACAGCACAAAAGAUCCCAUGGCGGGCUUCACGCACCUGCCCUCGGUUGGAACAUGGAUGUUGAGACCUUCCACGUCUUCUGUUUCUACAGGCCAAGCUCAAACCAUGCUGGCAGCUCAACUUUUGAGCACGCCCUUGGCGCUGGAAGGGCGGACACUUCCAAGUCAGGCUGACGAUGAUGGCAUUCUGCAAGGUUUGAUCACGCAAGCUUCGCAAAAGUAUGCACCGGCUACCUUGGCCAGUAUGCUUCCGUCCUCUUUCGACAAGACAAAUGUAUACUUGCAGGACAAUGCAACCUUGAGAUUUAAACCGUCUGUUGGCACUUGGUUGCAGCCCCGGCUGUUGCCAGCCGCGGCCAGCUCUGCAGUGUUGACCUUGACAGAUUCUCAGGUCCCGCAAGCAGCGCUUCCGCAAGUGGCGCGUCCUCUGAGGCUGUCAGCCGGUCCACAAGAGCCUGAGACUGAUGGUUUCGAGUUGCACUUCUUCCAUUUGGAUUUUGCAAAGGUGAAUGUGGACUCUUUCAAGAGCGAGCUGAUUGCUGGCUUGCUUGGCAUCGGCUGUGCGAAGGACCUCAUAUCCAGCAUCAAGAUCAACUUGCGUGCAGGAUCGGUGAUCGCAGAGAUCCGGGGUCCAGCAAGCGCUGUGCAGCAGUUGAAAGCCCUGCCCAUCUACACCAUCAAAGUGAUGGGUUGCCAGGCACAGUCAGCGGCAAGUGCCGCAGCGCUGGCGGCCACGGCUGGCGUGGAGCCUCCCAGCCUGCCUGCAUUGACUCGGCCGGUGCAGGAGGCUCUGAACGCCGCUUCUCCUGAAGACCGUCGUGACCAAAAGAUGCGCCUGGAAGUACCGCCACAUCUACAAGGAAGCCGUCCAACAUCACUGUCAAGCUCGCCCUCAGCGCGCCGGCCGCUGCUAGAAGGUCGCAGCGUUGACAGCACGCCCUUGCUCACCCCGACCCGAGAUCCUGGGCUCACGCCCGACAGGCAAUUCGGAUUUCGGCGCACUGCCAUGGUGCCAACGGAACGCAGGAAGGCAGGUCCUCAAAGAUUGCGAGCCCGUGAUCGAUGGAACAUUGAGGAGCUGCGGAUCAGUGACAUCAUGUCCAAAUUGCCAUCUGAAGGUGCGGAGUUCAUGGAGCCUGGAUUGGAAGAAGACGAGUUGGCAGAGAUGCUGAUGGAGCUGUAUGGUGAGGAUACUGAUCUGGAAACGCUCCACUGGACGUUUCAGCUGGCAAGCCGCGGCAAAACAAGGUGUACAAACACCAGCGACUUAUACUAUGCGUUCCGAGCACACCACAGCUGUCAUUUCCUUCCUCAGGCCACCAUGAGAACUUUGGCUACAACCAAUGUGAAUUCAAAAGGAGCUGUCAACCGCGAUCUGCUGCAGCAACUUCUGGAAGAACUUAAUGAUGGCUAUACAGUUCCCGCUGCAGAGGUGAAUGCUGUGCUGGAUGAAGCAGCAGCCCUUUCCAACAGCGGCACAGGAAGUGGCCGUGCUUGUCUCUUGCGGGCAGUUUCGGCGUGGUACCUUAACGUUGUCAGGAUUGACUCGCCGUGGUCCACCACUCUGAAAGCGUGCUAUGGUCGGUGGAUGCCAGAGAAGGGCUACCAUUUGGAGGUUCUAAAUCGCGUACGUGCCUCCAUUGCAGAAGCUGAGGAGGCCUGGCAUCGAGAACGCAACUCCGAAUCUGGCGUUGUUUCUGCGUUUUGGGGCCUGCUGCAAGUCACACUUCUCCUCGUUGCGCUCGUAUUCCCAACGGGUUUCUUCCUGUGGUUGGUCAUCUUAGGAGCAGAACAUGGGGAUGACCGUUGCCCAAAGGAUUUGGACGGUCUCAUUACAUGGUUCGGUGUUCUCGGUCUCGCAAACAUUGUGGUUGGCUGGGCUGACGGCGCUGUCAGCUUUCACGACGACCAAGUCAUAAAAACAUCCAGCAUUGGACUGGCGUUGAAGGCAGUAUUGCUCAUGAUGCCUUGGGUGGGAUCCUUCUGGACUUUCCAUUUGGAGAGCAAUGCCUGGCUCUCGUGCGAUGCUUCGUGCGAUGCUUCGGUGGUUCACCAAGUUUGCGCAAGCUGCCAGGAUCAGCAGACCUGCGGCUUGUUUCUCACAAGCGCUAGUUCCUUGCUCUGGACAGUUCUCCUCAUCUCUGAGCUCGUUCUUGGUUUUGCUUUCCUGUGGCAUAUGGCUGUGUUCAGCGAAUAUGAGAUGACACUGCGCAAAGGUCAGCAACCAGAUUCUCAGUCUGGUGGUCCAGCACUAAGACGCCCCAGUCCGACUGCAAGAAUGGCAGCUGCUACGCCAUAAUGCCUGAACGAGAGUGGUACGCAGCAACUGUUUGUCUCACAGCCUGUGACAUUGAUUGUACGACAGCGCAUC